AUGUUCAGCAGAGCGAUACGACGGUCUGUUCUGGACGCCAAAAUCACAUCCACGCCGACGUUUCCUCCGACCUUUUUGCUGCCCUUCGGCGCAAGAUACCUCCAAACCACUACUCAGCACAUUGAUCCACCCCCCCAAGGACUUGAUGCACCCAAAUUACCCCUCAAGUCGACACCAGAGCAAACAAAUAGCGUCACUUCAAUAGCAAAUCAUGUUCGUCGAAGUGUUCCUCUACAACCUGCGCCAAUUGCGAAACCCCUAGCCCUCGAUCCCUCAAUCACAGAAAUGCUCCCUCUCCUGGCCGCCCAGCCCUCACACUACAUCACCAUACACAUCCACGGCAAGCCAUAUCUUGUCACUGCUGGAGAUACCGUACGACUACCAUUCCACAUGCCUGGUGUUGUUCCAGGGGACGUAUUACGUCUAAAUCGGGCAGCCAACUUGGGUUCUCGCGAUUAUACAUUGAAGGGAGCACCGUACGUGGACGAGAGGUUGUUCGAGUGCAGAGCCAGGGUAAUGGGUACAGAAGCGGAGCCUUUGAGAAUCAAGGAGAAGAAAAAACGAAGGAACAGGAGAAUUAACUGGGUUCAGACCAAACUGAAGUUCACGAUAUUGAAGAUUGCGGAGGUUAAAAUAAAUCGCCUGGAAGAGCUGCAGAGAGUUGGACAGGAAUCUUUAUGA